AUGGUUGCUUUGGAGAUUCAGAUGCGUACUGGUGAAGACAGUAGGUGCAACGCUCAAAUUGCCGAUGCGCAGCAAAAGGAGAACUUGGCAAAGUACGUAACGACAAAGAAACCACCUCCUUCGAAGCAGGCUGUCAUGAUUGCGCUGCCUGAACUUUCUCCCAUUGCUCCUGACGUACCGCCUCCGUCGCCUCCACCUGCUGUUGUGGCAAAGAAGAAGCGCAGAGCCGCCCCGACCGUUGUUCAAGACAUGGCCAAGGUUUCCAAUCUGCGUAGAUCGUCAAAGAAAGGACAACCUCGCCCUGUUAACCCACGCCCUCCCCAACCACAUACAGGUACUACGCGCCCACGCAAUGACAAGCCACUUCCCAAGGCCAAGCGACCGCUCGCAACCUCGCGCAAGUGUCAGGAGGAGCCGGACACAGAUGAAGACCUGUCAGACGUCGAUAGGGCUGAGGAUCAGCCUGGGGACUCGCGGUCUGCUACCGUGGCUCCAUUAGCUGCCGUGGCUCCACAAGCUGCCGUGGCCAGGACAAGCUUCCCCUGUUGA